AUGGGGGAGAGGACGUUCGCUUACAUCAAAGAUUUCCUGACCAACCGCACCACGCGGCUUGUGGCAGGAGAACUACAACUACCGCUCAAGCAGCUGGGGAGCACGGAGACACUGCAGGGCUCGGUGAUCUCCCCUCUGUUGUUCAACGUUGUCAUGAUAGGCCUUGCAAGAAGAUUGGAAUGCGUUAGGUACAUAAAGUACACGAUCUACGCGGAGGAAAUCACGCUGUGGUCAACGGGAGGAAGCGACAGCCAGAUCGAGACAGCCCUUCAAGAAGCCGUCGCCGCCAUAGAAGAACACCUACGACCCAUUGGACUCAAAUGUUCACCAACCAAGUCGGAACUGCUAGUGAUCUCACCGCGAAGUGCGCGACGCCCGACAACGCAGAACAUCAACGUGGUAACCCAAGAUGGAACGCCGAUGCCGCACGUGCAGACGCUCAGAGUUUUGGGGCUGCACCUCCAGGACUUGAACCGCACCAACGUGACGGUACAGAAGCUCCACGCAAAGCUCUCGCUGGCCACCCGCCUACUCAAGAAGGUGGCGACGCGGUACCAGGGCAUGCGAGAAGACAGUCUACUACGACUCACCCAGUCGUUUGCAGUCAGCCUUAUCUCUUACGUAGCGUCGUUCCACAAUUGGAAAGCGGCGGAGAAGAUCAAGAUUGACGCGAUGAUCAGAAAGGCGUACAAGACGGCCCUGGCCUUAUACCCCCACACCAACACGGAACGCAUGCUCACGUUGGGCGUUCACAACACGCUGGAAGAAAUCGCAGAAGCCCAGCGAACGGCGCAGUAUCACCGCCUGUCCCAGACCAGGACGCGAAGAACGAUACUACAGUGCAUCGGAAUCAACGCGCCAGCGACGACUCCGGAGGUAGCGAAGCAGCUACCCCGGGACGUUCUAAAAGACUGA